AGAUGCUGACCCUUGCCGUUUCUCUCCCGUCUUUCCCUCUCGACAAUUUGGGCCAUACUUCUCAAGCAGCCUGUAGCCACGCCUUCCCGUUCAGUCGCCCGAGUGCGCGGACUUAUAAAGCAGCGUCUCUUUCUCUUUCGCUCUGCGUGACGUGUUGUUCACGGCGCUGCGCGUACGUGGAACCCCAGCUCGAGUCUCCUUUAUCCCUAGUCUUUUUUUUUCUCUCGCGAUUCUCAGCCGUUGAUCUUCAUUCUCUUGCGUCAUGCCCGCCGAUCCCGAGGGCCCCAAGCGGGGCGAACCGUCCGCGCCUCAGCCCGCUGCCGCCAAGCCCGCGGAGGCGAAAUCGACUGCCGCGGGGGCUGCGACCGCGCCAAGCGCAGCAGCGCCGAAACCCGGACCAGCUACUCCGCCGUCGAAUGCGGCAGGCAAAGCGGGCGCGGUCGGGGGGAAAGUAGUAGCGCCGGUGGGAGCUUCCGCACCUGCUGCGAAGCCUGCGCCUACUGUGGCGGCACCUGCUGCAGCGAAGGCAUCAACAGCGGCAACUCCUGCGACGAAGCCCGCUCCGGCGACGGCUUCUGUGACGAAACCCUCGCCUGCGACAGCAGUUGCGACGAAGCCUCCAGGCACGGCAGCUCAGGCGACGAAGGCGGCAGGAGCAACGACUACCUCAUCGGCCGCGAAGCCGGCAGUCGCAGCAGCAGCCAGCACAGCACCGAAAGCCGCAACGGCGGGAGGAGCAGGAGCGACUCCUGCCGCGUCAGCGACUAAGGCGGGUUCGACUGCGACGGCCCCAGCGGCGAAGCCAGCAGCAGCGACGCCAGCAGUUAAGACUCCCGCGACGACUCAGGCUGCUACGGCCGCGCCAACCGCGGCAGCGACUAAAGCGGCGGCCGCGCCCGUUGCUAGCGCCAAACCCGCGGGAGCGACGCAGGCGGGUAAGCCCGCUGCGGCAGGUGCAGCAGGGGGCUCUGCGCCUGGUGCGGGAGCAGCGGGAGCUGCGGGAGCAGCAACGGCGGCUGCUCCGUCGUCUAAGCCAGCGGCGCCUGCGGCGGGAGCUGCGAAACCGGUCGUUGCGACAGCUCCAGCCGCGAAGGCAGGCUCUGCGACGUCGCCAGCAAUGAAGCCCGCUGCGACCAACGCCUCUGCGACGAAGCCUGCUGCGACAGUAACCGCGACGACUAAGGCUCCCACAGCUCCUCCAUUGGUGGCAAAAGCGUCGCCCGUUGCGACGGCUCCUGCGACCAAGACACCCCCUGCGACGGCUGCUGCGACGAAGGGUAGAGCCACGUCACCCCCUGCGGCGAAAGCAAGGGCCACGUCACCACCUGCGGCGAAAGUAAGAGCCACGCCACCUGCGGCAAAAGCAAGAGCCACGUCACCACCUGCGGCGAAAGCUGGUGCUGCGCCUUCCAGCGGGGCAAAACCCGCUGCUGCUGCAAGCCCUGCGCCCACGCCCGGGAAAGCGGAAGGGGGGAGUGGCGCUGGGGGAAAGGCAGAUGGCGGAGCGAAAGUUAGCGCACCAGCUGCUGUGGCAGCGGGGAAAGCAGCCGAACCAGCCGCAGGGAAAGUCAGCCCUCCUUCAGCCGCCUCGGGCGCAACUGCAGGCGCAGGCGCAGGCGCAGCAGGUGGUGGCGGAGGUGGGGGAGCGGGAGCAGUAGCGGGGAGGAAAGGAGGGGGAGAGAAGAAGAGUGGUGGCGGGGGCAGCGCUGGGGCUAGUGCGGAGACCGGUGGGGGGGAAGAUAAGAAGGAUGAUGUGGUUGGGAAAGGCAGCAAGGAAGAGAAGGGGGGAGGGAAAGAGAGUGCGGAUAAGCAGAAAGUGACUGCUGCAGGUAAGGGAGAGGGAGUGGGAGCGGGCAAGUCGUUCAUUGUUACGGGAGAUGCGGUGAAGAAGGACGAGCAGAGCCAGGAAAUUGUUACAGGGGGCAAGGCGGAUGAGAGAAAGGAAGAGGGCGGAGAGAAAGUGGAAAGUAGAAAAGACGAGGGAGAAAGGAAAGGGGAAGAAAAAGGGGGAAAGAAGGGGGAGGAGAAGGGGGGAAUUUGGGGAGAAGGGAAGGGCGAAGAGAAGGGAGAGAGGAGGCCGGAAGGGGAGGGGGAAGAGAAGGGAGAAGAGAGGGGAGGAAAGAAGGAAGAAAGGAGGGUCGAAGGGAAGGGGGAAGACAAGCCAACUGAAGUGAAAAGGUCAGACUUGAAAGGAGUGGCUAUAAGGGUAGAGUCGGUUAAAGCAAAGCCAGAGAAAGAUGGGGAGAUAAAGGGGGAAGAGGAGAAAGGGGAGUUGAAAAAGGGGGAAGAGACAAAGGAAGGGGAGACGAAGGGAGGGGAGACGAAGGGAGGGGAGACGAAGGGAGGGGAGAAGAAGGGAGAAGAGAAGAAGGGAGAAGAGAAGAAGGGAGAAGAGAAGAAGGGAGAAGAGAAGAAGGGAGAAGAGAAGAAGGAUGAAGAGAAAGCUGCCUUUAAGAAAGAGGAAGGGAAGAAGGGGGAAGAGCAAGUGGCGGUCGGUGGAAAGGUGGAGCAGAAGAUGCCUGUUUCUGGCAAGGGCGAUGGGGGGACGGCCAAAGAAGGAGAAAAGGAGAGUGGAGGGGUGGGAGAAAGAAGGGAUAGGGAGAAAGAAGGGGAUAGGGAGAAAGAAGGGGAUAGGGAGAAAGAAGGGGAUAGGGAGAAAGAAGGGGAUAGGGAGAAAGAAGGGGAUAGGGAGAAAGAAGGGGAUAGGGAGAAAGAAGGGGAUAGGGAGAAAGAAGGGGAUAGGGAGAAAGAAGGGGAUAGGGAGAAAGACACUGGGAAAGCGGGAGUAGGAGAGAAGGAAGGGAAGCAGGAGGAGGCGAAAGGACGGGACGGGGAGGGGGAAGAGGAGGAGAAGGGGGGUGCUAUGGAGGUUGAUGGGCGAAAGGGAGUAGCGGAGGAUGAGAGGAGGGCGAAGGGCGAAGAGAGGAAGGAUGACAAGGGUGAAGUCGAGAGUGCUACACAGCGAAAGGUGGAGGCAGAGGCGGAAGGAGGAAAGGUGGAGCAGAAGGGAGGGGGGGUGAAGGAGAAGGACGCGCAGGAAGAGGAGAAGGGACAUUUGGAGUCUGAAUCGGAGGAGGAAGAGGAGGAGGAGGACGAGGAGGAGGAGGAGGAGGACGAGGAGGAGGAGGAGGAGGAGGAACAUGAGGAGGAGAGGGAGGAAGAAGAGGAGGAGGAGGAGGAGGAGGAGGAGGAGGAGGAAGAGGAGGAGGAGAGGGGGGAGGGAAAAGAGGAGGAAUCGGAGGAGGAAGGGAAGAAGCCAACGCGGGCAGGCAGAUCGUCAGUGAUUGCAACUCCAGGCAAGGGCGCGAGAGACGGGGGCAGGGCCAUGGGCGGAAGGCGGGGCAGUGUGGGGGGAGUGGGGGAGCGUGAGACGGAGGGGGUGAUUCUGGGGAAGCGCCAGCGCAAGCCAAACGUGCGCCUUGGGGAGCUGGGCUCUGCUAGUGGGCAUCUCGCGUCCUCUGCUGCCGCAGCAGCUGUGGCAGCAGCAGCAGCAGCAGCAGCUGCAGGGGGGAAAGAGAGUGGUGCAUCCCCUGCAGGGAAGCGCGCCAAGUCUGGGAGUGGGCAGAUUCAUGUGGCGCCGGAUGCAGGGAAGACGGAGGAGAAGAGGGGUUCUCCUGCGCGCAAGUCCCCCACCCCUAAGAUCCGCCCAAUUCCGCAAGACAGCAAAGCUGCUGCGGGGAGGGAGGCGGGCGGAAGGGGAAAGGCGGCUGUAGCAGCUGUAGCGGCUAUUGGGGUGGGCAAGGGGGGGAAGGCUGUAGCAGCUCCGGGGGGAGCGGGAGGAGGGGUGAUGAAGGGUGGGAGUGCAGGGAAGAGCAAGGAUGGUGGGGUGGUAGGUUCUGGGGCGAAGAGGGGUGGCUCGGACACAAGCGCAGAGGAGGUGAGAGCAAUGGGGUGGAGCAGGAGCAGACACACGGUUGCCACUAGGAGUGCUGCCCUGGGGGGAAAGAGAAUGACACGGGACGAGGAGGAGGAUGACGACGAGAAGGAGGAGGAGGAGAAGGAGGAGGAGGAGAAGGAGGAGGAGGGGUAUGGCUCGGAGGACGACGAGGCGAACGGAGAGAGGAAGGAAGGGAGUGAAGCCGUGGGUAAUGGAGGGAGGAGAGGGAAGGCGGGGGUGGAGAGGGGUGGGGCAGUGCAAGGGAAGAGGACCCCUGUACCAGCCCUUAAACGCCCGAGAACGGACCACCUUGCUGCUGCUGGCGCUGGCGGUGCUGGCGCUGGCGGUGCUGGUGCUGGUGCUGGUGCUGGUGCUGGUGCUGGUGCUGGUGCUGGUGCUGGUGGUGCUGGUGCAUCCCACGGGGGUAGGGAAAGAGGGGCAGCAGGGAAGGCGGGUGAGAGGGCGGCAGGAAGGCAGAGGGAGGAGGCUGCCAAGGCAGCAGCGAGAGCAGCCAGCAGCAAUGGCAAGCGCGAUGGGAAGAGAGAUGACGACUAUCGGACCACCGCCAAGGCCACACAGGUCAAAGCAGGCGGGGAGCGUGAGGAGGGGGGAAAGGAGGGGGCACGGCGGGGCAGCGCGGGGGAGGAGUCAAGGCCGGGGUACCUGGAGAGGAUGACGAAAGGCAGGGAGCGGAUCGAGGCAGUGGGGGGCGUGAACGGGUGGCUGGAGUCGCUAGGCCUGGGUCGGUACGCCAAGGCGUUUGAGGAAAACGAGGUGGAUGUGGAGGCAGCCACCGUGCUCACCACAGAGGAUCUGAGAGACAUGGGCGUGGCGCUGGGCGCACGGCGCAAGCUCCUCUGUGCCAUAGCGGACCUAGUGGCCGGGCCUGGGGGGGCAGCGGCGCUAGGAGGGGCGCCGGGAGGGGCUGGGGGAGAAGGGGGGAAGGUUGGGGAGGCGGUGGAGAGGGAGGGAGGGGCGGGGAAGGAGGGGGGGGAUGUUGACAUGGAGGGGGAUGGGGGGAUGGAGGGAAGCGAGGAGUGGCGAGAGGAGGGUGUGGAGGCGAAGGAAGAGAAGUGAAGGUGACAGGUAGCAUACAUAGACUGCACUUUGUGCGCCUGUUUUGACUCUCUGCUCCCCUGCUCUCUCACCUCCUCCAACUCUCACCUCCUCCAACUCUCACCUCCUCCAACUCUCACCUCCUCCAACUCUCACCUCCUCCAAGUCUCACCUCCCCACAACUCUCACCUCCUCACUUCUCUCCUUGCGCUGUCCCAAUCAUGCUGCAUCCCUGCCAUCCCUUGCUGUCGGCUUCCUGCACCCCUCCCUGCUUGCACUGCCUCUCGGUUCAUGUUGAUUGCUGUGCUGCUCACACUCAUUGAGCUCAUCCCUCCUAUCCCUUCUCCUUGGCCUAUUUCUCAACACAUUGCCCCAACAUUCGUCAUCAUGGUUCAGCAUGCUCCACGCCACCAUUCAACAAAGCAUGCCACCAUGCCAUGCUGCCACUGCCCCGCUCCCGCGUUUGCCACAUUAUCUCCUCUGCCACAUCAUCACCUUUGCCACAUCAACGCCUCUGCCAUCAUCAUCUCUGCAUUUUUGCUUGGCUUUUCACCUUGCAAUGUGCGCACCAUACACCCAUACACCCAUAACUCCAGGGGCUUUUAGGGCAGGCAAGUAGCAGCAUUGGCAUCAGUCCUUGUUUGAACUGGCAUCCACCGGCAGUGAUAUUUCCUCUCCCUCUCUGCAGCAGCGGCAGCAGCAGUGGUGCUGGCGAAAUGCAGCGCUGCACUGUUCUGCAUCUGUAGCUAACUCUGGCUGUUCUGGCACCGGUAGUGACGAUAUGGCCCUUCGGCUGUUUGGCAGUUUGGCUGUUGGGCUGUUUCGCAACGAGGCGCCUAAUGCUCCACGUUUGCACGUUUGGUUUAGUGCGGUGUGCCAUGGGCUAUGGCUCUACUUGGGCUGUGGAUUGUGGGCUAGUUGCGGGAUUUGAUUUGGUUCUGUUCCAUUUGCUUGGAACGGGAUGGCCUUCACAAAGUUAGUUGCUAAGAUAUUUCUUGACCUAACUUCUCUGCUUUUACCAAGCUAAUCCUCCCUUUUCUACCUACCA